CGGCUUGGGUGGUCAAGUCGUACAUUGCACUUGAGCCAAAGAGGCCGAUUUUGUGAUUAAAGCGUAACAAAUUAUUUAUUGUUUUGAGGAUUUUGUGCAACUUCAUAUUUUGCUAAGUAACAUAUUUGUUUUACUGGUAUUGUAAUUAGAACUUAGUUUAAUAUUUACAGUUUAUUAUGUAUCUGAAAUGAAUGAAGGAAUGUGGCAUAGUAUAUCCACAACCUUUGCAAUUUCAUGAAUGGUGAGGACUUUCUACAGCAUACGAGUAAAAAAUUUUACAAUUUGGAUCAUCCCCAGUUGUGAUCUGUUGUUUGGUGAAACGAUUUUGUUUUCGUAGAAGUUUGUACUUGAUACAGAAUACAGUAAUGAAAUAACAGUCAGCCAUCUCGGAUAUCGUUGUUAUGCUGAAUUACUGGGUUUAUGUUUCAUGAAAACCAUGGAAGUGAAUGUCCAACAACCGCAAAAGAAGAAGCAGAAGUUAAAGGAUGCGCCGGUUACGGUGUAUAGAAUAAUAGAAGUUCCUCCUCACAUAGAAGGUGUUACAAAAACAGCCACAAUCCAACUCAUCCCAAAAUGUGAAUUCGAUGAUGAAACUUUGGAUCUGGGUAGUUCCGACGAUCCGGAUAAAGUUAAUGUCACGGUUACAACGUCGUUUGUGAUCGACGAAGAUAACGUGGUGAAGCAACAUUCCACUUCUCAAGUAAUUCGUCUCCCAGUUGCCAUCCAACGUGGCCAGCAGCAUAAUGUAUUGAAUGAAGCUUUUGAGGCAGAUGGCAGCAGCGGCAGCAACGACCUGUUAGAUCGGAACUUUCCGUGCGCGAUAUGUUUGAAAACCUUCAAACACAGUAGUCAUUUAAAACGACAUAUCAACACUCAUACGGGGGAGCGCAUUUAUAAGUGUGAUUUAUGCGACAAAACAUUCCUCGAUGCCUCAACCCUCUCCCGCCAUCGGAAGAUUCAUUCUGGCGACAAACCUUGGUCUUGUAAGAUCUGCAAGAAGAGUUUUGGCACCCUCGGCUCUCUGCGUCGUCAUAUAACUGUUCAUAAUCAAGAAGGAAGACCUUACCAGUGCGAAACGUGUAAGAAGCGUUUUCCAGACAAUAGCAGUUACCAGAAACAUAAAUUUAUUCACACUGGAAUAAAACCGUACGGUUGUGACAUUUGUGGCAAGGCUUUUGUUCACAUCGGAGAUCUGAAUGGUCAUCGCAAGAUUCACGUCGAAGUGAAGCCUUUUAAUUGCGAACGGUGCGGGAAAGACUUUGCGAAACACAGUAACUACGCUCGACAUCUGCUUAUUCACGAGGGAGACAAGGAAUUCUUGUGUACGAUCUGCGGCGUAAGUUACAAUUUUCAGAGUUCUCUCACUCGUCAUCUGCUCACUCACGUCCGGAGGGGCAACAAAGCUUCCGCAGAGGCCGAUUCCAUCGACGAUGAAGACGCAGAUUCGGUUUCUCAGGGCGAAAAAUCUUCUGUAGAAGCAGACGAACUUGCCGUAGAAACACCGAAGAAGAAAGGCGUUUCAAGUGUUGGUCAGAUCAAGGUGACUAGAACCAAAAUGAAGCAGCUGAAGAAAAUCAAACAAUUACACAGGCUUCAUGACCGGACCCAGAAUGAGAGACCUGAUAAAUUGCCACCGUCACCAGUGGCAAAUGAGCCGCGACCUCGGAAGGCUCCUGGUUCAGUACCCGCAGCCCCAGUUACCAGAAACCUAACAGUUACAAACUUGACUGAUCCUACAGUUCUGCCACCUCAGGACGAGUUUAUUUCCAAACAAACCACAACUGAAGAUGUCACGACAUUGCUCACUUCAGUCGAGGACUUCGGUUCUACGAAGGACAUUCCGCAGGCCCUGUUGCAACUGACGCCCAAGUCAGUUUGUGGCACGUCGGCAGAAUCACUUAUAUCCCUGUUGUCAGACUCGAAUGAAGGUGAAUAUCUGUUGGCCACGACUGACUGCGGCGAAAUAGUGUCGGAAGUUCAGACGUCGGGGAAUAAUGGCUCUGAAUCUGAGUCUGUCAUUACCAUAAUAUCUAUAUCAGAUGAUCCCGUAAUGAGCGUCGACAGUAUAGCGCAAGACGCUUCUGUGGGCGACGGCGCAGACGUCGCAGUGGCCAUGUUGGAAUCCGCCGAAGUAGGCGACGUGAUUGCUGAGACUGUGAUUUCAGACGUUUGCCGCGAGAGUCCCAAUAGCAGAGCCGAUGACAGGAAAGCGGCUUCAAAUAGGGGGAGGUCGAAACACGUGUUGGUUAAAGUGUCGGAUCUUAAAGGAGAAGAGACGUUGGUCUUAAGGAGAAGGGCGAGUUUGAUGGUGUCAAAAGGCGAAGAGAGGGAGCCACUUGGGCCCAAACAGGGCUUAGGUUUAUGUUUCAUGAAAACCAUGGAAGUGAAUGUCCAACAACCGCAAAAGAAGAAGCAGAAGUUAAAGGAUGCGCCGGUUACGGUGUAUAGAAUAAUAGAAGUUCCUCCUCACAUAGAAGGUGUUACAAAAACAGCCACAAUCCAACUCAUCCCAAAAUGUGAAUUCGAUGAUGAAACUUUGGAUCUGGGUAGUUCCGACGAUCCGGAUAAAGUUAAUGUCACGGUUACAACGUCGUUUGUGAUCGACGAAGAUAACGUGGUGAAGCAACAUUCCACUUCUCAAGUAAUUCGUCUCCCAGUUGCCAUCCAACGUGGCCAGCAGCAUAAUGUAUUGAAUGAAGCUUUUGAGGCAGAUGGCAGCAGCGGCAGCAACGACCUGUUAGAUCGGAACUUUCCGUGCGCGAUAUGUUUGAAAACCUUCAAACACAGUAGUCAUUUAAAACGACAUAUCAACACUCAUACGGGGGAGCGCAUUUAUAAGUGUGAUUUAUGCGACAAAACAUUCCUCGAUGCCUCAACCCUCUCCCGCCAUCGGAAGAUUCAUUCUGGCGACAAACCUUGGUCUUGUAAGAUCUGCAAGAAGAGUUUUGGCACCCUCGGCUCUCUGCGUCGUCAUAUAACUGUUCAUAAUCAAGAAGGAAGACCUUACCAGUGCGAAACGUGUAAGAAGCGUUUUCCAGACAAUAGCAGUUACCAGAAACAUAAAUUUAUUCACACUGGAAUAAAACCGUACGGUUGUGACAUUUGUGGCAAGGCUUUUGUUCACAUCGGAGAUCUGAAUGGUCAUCGCAAGAUUCACGUCGAAGUGAAGCCUUUUAAUUGCGAACGGUGCGGGAAAGACUUUGCGAAACACAGUAACUACGCUCGACAUCUGCUUAUUCACGAGGGAGACAAGGAAUUCUUGUGUACGAUCUGCGGCGUAAGUUACAAUUUUCAGAGUUCUCUCACUCGUCAUCUGCUCACUCACGUCCGGAGGGGCAACAAAGCUUCCGCAGAGGCCGAUUCCAUCGACGAUGAAGACGCAGAUUCGGUUUCUCAGGGCGAAAAAUCUUCUGUAGAAGCAGACGAACUUGCCGUAGAAACACCGAAGAAGAAAGGCGUUUCAAGUGUUGGUCAGAUCAAGGUGACUAGAACCAAAAUGAAGCAGCUGAAGAAAAUCAAACAAUUACACAGGCUUCAUGACCGGACCCAGAAUGAGAGACCUGAUAAAUUGCCACCGUCACCAGUGGCAAAUGAGCCGCGACCUCGGAAGGCUCCUGGUUCAGUACCCGCAGCCCCAGUUACCAGAAACCUAACAGUUACAAACUUGACUGAUCCUACAGUUCUGCCACCUCAGGACGAGUUUAUUUCCAAACAAACCACAACUGAAGAUGUCACGACAUUGCUCACUUCAGUCGAGGACUUCGGUUCUACGAAGGACAUUCCGCAGGCCCUGUUGCAACUGACGCCCAAGUCAGUUUGUGGCACGUCGGCAGAAUCACUUAUAUCCCUGUUGUCAGACUCGAAUGAAGGUGAAUAUCUGUUGGCCACGACUGACUGCGGCGAAAUAGUGUCGGAAGUUCAGACGUCGGGGAAUAAUGGCUCUGAAUCUGAGUCUGUCAUUACCAUAAUAUCUAUAUCAGAUGAUCCCGUAAUGAGCGUCGACAGUAUAGCGCAAGACGCUUCUGUGGGCGACGGCGCAGACGUCGCAGUGGCCAUGUUGGAAUCCGCCGAAGUAGGCGACGUGAUUGCUGAGACUGUGAUUUCAGACGUUUGCCGCGAGAGUCCCAAUAGCAGAGCCGAUGACAGGAAAGCGGCUUCAAAUAGGGGGAGGUCGAAACACGUGUUGGUUAAAGUGUCGGAUCUUAAAGGAGAAGAGACGUUGGUCUUAAGGAGAAGGGCGAGUUUGAUGGUGUCAAAAGGCGAAGAGAGGGAGCCACUUGGGCCCAAACAGGGCUUAUAAGCAGAUGUGACAUCUGUAUCUAACGAGUUAUCGUGAAUUGAGACGUUAGAAGCUCCCGUUCUCUAAUCUUAAAACAUGACUUAAGUGAGGAAAGAUGAAUUUUUGCUUUUUAAUUUCAGUUACAAAAAAUUAGUAUACGGAUGACAACGCUAAUGCGCUAAAACAAAUUCUUGGUCCAUUCACAUAUCCGCAUGUUGGCGUCAUUGAUGGUUUGAGCAUAAAAGGAGGAGUCUGUUACUGAACAGGUUUUACUAUGUAAUUGUGGUAAUAUUCGUCGUAGAUGGUCGCAUUCGCAGGUCGUGCUGAUAUUGUUUGUAGUCUUAGUGCAGAAUAAGAUUAUCUUCCACGCCCA